GUCCUGUCUCUCGUAGGUGUUCACAAACGCCCAUCUUUUUAAUCAGGCGCUGCGAGCAGCCGCUGAUCUAUUACUCUACCGUGGUCUCUCUCUGUUGUUUUUAAACGCAAUGGCGCAAGUGGAAGCAGGCAAUGUGACCGUUUCUCAGGGGGUUCGCAUGCUGUUCAGUUUGAUAACUCCUAACGAAUCAUCAUUCGCGACUGUUCAAGAGGUGCCGAAAUAUGUCAAUCAGGCCACACCGUAUUUCAUUGGUUUGAUAUUAUUGGAGAUUCUGUUGGGAUGUUUAAAGACAGAUGGCCCUCACAUCAAGAUAAACGACUUCAUCACUUCUUUGUCAGCAGGCAUGAUGUCCCGUCUGCCUCAGCUCAUGGUGAGAAGUUUGGAGCUGUCAGCUUAUAUUUAUGUCUGGAACAACUUCCGUUUAUUGGAGCUACCCUGGGAUUCGGCUUGGACGUGGUGGCUUGCGUUUCUUGGUGUGGACAUGGGAUACUACUGGUUCCAUCGAUUUGCCCACGAGUUAAACAUCCUGUGGGCUGCCCAUCAGGUUCACCACAGUUCUGAAUACUACAAUCUGUCGACAGCACUACGCCAGUCUGUCACCCAGCAGUUUUCCUCAUGGGCAUUUUACCUUCCGUUGGCGCUGAUCGUCCCUCCGUCAGUUUUUGCAGUGCACAUACAGUUUAACCUGCUCUAUCAGUUUUGGAUUCAUACUGAGCUGGUCAAAGAUCUUGGACCUCUAGAGUUUAUCCUAAAUACUCCCAGCCACCACAGAGUUCAUCAUGGGCGAAAUCCAUAUUGCAUCGAUAAGAAUUAUGCAGGAAUUCUGAUCAUAUGGGACAGGAUGUUUGGUACUUUUGCUCCUGAAAGUGAUAAAGUUGUCUAUGGGCUCACACACCCAAUCAGCACAUUUGAAAUCUGGACUGUUGAGUUCCUUUAUUACCCGUACCUAUGGCAGAGGUUCUGGGAAGCAGAAGGAAUUUCAAAUAAGCUGUCCGUCAUUUUUAAAGGGCCAGGCUGGACUCCAGGAAAACCCAGAUUGGGAGACAUUGCUGAUAUACCACAGAUUACAGGAGAAGAAAUGCCUCACAAUCCAGCAUGGUCCCCUCUGAUGCAAGCCUAUGUGCUUGUACAGUUCCUUCUUUUGCUGGAUGUAUAUAACAACUUAUUAAUGGAUCAAACGAUACUUUCUGAGAUGACUGUACUUUUUUUGACUGCCUACGUAUUACUUUCUCUAACCUCUCUGGGCUUCCUGAUCGAUCAGAGGGCUAAUGCAGCUGAAAUGGAGAUGCUGAGAUGUGUUUUGAUAAUGGCUCUUCAACGGUUUGGUUACAUUAAGCCUCUGAUGCCUCUGUUGGCUUUUCCGAUUGAAGCCCCAGGAGACCCAUCCAUCUUGGGCCUUGUCUCAGGAAUCCCAUUGAACUGAUUUACAGAAAGACCGGUGAGAGUCACACGAGGCUGCCACGACGCCCUUCACCCCGGCAUCAAAGCGCUCGGAGCCAGGCCGAACCAGGCUUCAGUCUCUCAGCUUCUUUUCAGAGAAUUGGUGCUCGUUUGACUGCCAAAAGCAGUAGGGGGUUUCAGUAAUGGGUCACCACUGCCACCUCAGCUCAGAGUCAGUGCUUGAACUGUUUAACUGCGUUUUUGUGUGUGUGUGUGUGAUAAGCCAAGGUUUUCUAUAUAGUAGUUCACGGUGAGAGAUUCAGUGGUAUUUUCACCAAGGUGGCAUAUAUUUGAUCAAAAAUACAGUAAAAAUUAUGGAAUCUCAUUUCAACCACAGAAAAAAAGUUUUUAUCUCAAAAUUCUGACUAAUCAGAAUUGCAUCAUAUAAACUCGUAAUUGCAAGUUAAAAAAAAUCUAAAACAAUCUAAAAAUAUAAUUGAGAUACAAUCUUGCAGUUCUGAAAAAGUUCACAAUUGUGAGAUUAUAUAACACAAUUCUGGGGAAAAAGUCAGAAUUGUGAGACAAAGGGUCACAAGCUCUUUUUUGCAUAAAGUUUUCACAAACAGGCGUUUAAAAAAAGUAAAAUAUUAUUGCAGUUGUAAUUACUGUUUGUUAUUGAAAAUCUUUCAAUAUGUAAUUUAUUCCUGUGGCGCAAAGCUGUUUUUUUUUUUGUAGCAUCAUUACUUCAGUUAUCCUUCAGAAAUGAUUCUAAUAUUCUAAUUUAAUGCUUAAGAUACAGCGAUAGUGAUUAAGAGACAUUUCCCAUCGUUAUAAAUGCUUGUGCUGUUUAAUAUUUUGUGCAAAACGUGACAUUUUGCCCUGUAAAACUAAGAGACAGCAAGCAUUAACACCAUGUAUUUAGGAUGAAAAAGUCAUACGUCACUGAGGUGACAGCAGAGAUUUAAUCCUGCUUUUUGCUUUUGACCCAAAACUGCAACUGCCCCCGGAGACUCGACUCUUUGCUUAUUAAACCCAAGUGUGAAUGUGUGCUGCUAGUUUCUGCAACUCUGCAUGAAUCUUUGUACUGAUUCCUAUCCCUUUUAUGCGUGUAAAAGAGAAAAAACCGAGGGAGACAGAAGGACAGACACAAGUAGUCAUCCGAGACAGCAAGAGCAGUAAAAAGAAGGGAAAAAUACUAUAUCAAAAUGUACACAUCUCAUGUGUUUUUUCACUUAAAAUACGCCUGCAGAGGAAAAUCUGAGAGGAAAAAGCCUCUCAGAUUGAUUGAAAUAUCUGCCAGUUUGUCAUUUAAGGUUGCAUUCUCUGAUUUGUGAGGUUUCCCGAAGCUCUUAAGGCAGUACAGCUCUGAAUGAAAGUAUACAAUGAGGUAGUGUCUCAAAAGCAUUUGCGCUGUCUUUCGUAAUAUCGGUAUCUCCUUGUAUCCUCUUUUUCCCGUUUCAUGCAAACACGAAUACACAGGCAUUAUGCAUAUAAUCCCCCAAAGAAAACCUAUUGUAAGUAUUGUAAGUAUUUGAUUUCAGAAGCACAACUAAACACAAUGCGGAUAAAAUUGUGGGUUGCGCAACUAACAAUCGCAUCAUUUUAGGAGAAUUUGAUUAGUAAUGAUUUAAAUGCGAGUAAAGGACAUGCAUUGAAAAGCUGCGCUGCAUUUGAAGGGUGGUUCAGGUAGCUUGAGGUCAGGAAGCACAGGCCAUGCCUUUUCCUUUCGUUCGUCUCUCGCUCUCUCUGUCUCUCUUCUCUCAGAGGGAAACAGCUGCGCUGCUCCUGAGGAAACUCUGGUUAUUUCCCAUUGGAGAGGUAGUUCUGAUAGAUAGAAUAUGAUUUUGGACUCUGUUUAGAGCUCGGAUGCAGUUUAUGGUCUAGAACGCAAGGAAGGAGGGGCAGUUAAGGUUACAGCUUUUUGGAAGAAUGUCACUUUUGGCCUCUUUCCACAGUGGCUUCUGUGAACCCCCCACUCCAAAUGCAUCAUGGGAGAUUCUUUGGCCACAUGCUUGACCUAUUGGCUUUAAUUCUUUUUUUUUUUUUGUAGUAUAUUCUCCUGGUACGUGACAUUUAGGUUUCUCACAAUUAAUCACUUCAAAUAAAGUUUUGACUUCUAAACAUAAACUUAAAUAGUGCACAGUUUCAAUAAAACCUUAAAAUACAUUUGUUGUUAUAUUCUCAUAUAUUUAAAUGUUUGCAUGCAAUCUGUGAUUUAUAACUUUCCAAAUAAACAAUCAUAAUUUGCUUUUAAAUGUACAAAUGGAAAUUUUAAAUAUGAUAAAUACAAAAAAAAUAAAAUCAUGUGCAUAGCUAAAUACGUGACUAAGAAAAAUUAAGACAUUUAGUAAUUAAUGUUUAUAAUCUGGAAUUAGCCUUUUAAAAUGAACCUUUAAAUGUAAAUAU